CCCAGGCCAGCAGGAGACGCCGCCAUGAGGCUCUACAGCCUAAGUGUCCUUUACAAAGGAGACCCCAAAGUGCAUUUACUGAAAGCUGCCUACGACUUCUCCACUUUCAACUUCUUCCAGAGGUCCAGCGUGCAGGAAUUCAUGACCUUCACCAGCCAGCUGAUCGUGGAGCGCUCGGCGCUGGGCAGCAGAGCCUCCGUCAAGGAGCAAGAGUACCUCUGCCACGUGUACGUCCGGAACGACGGGCUGGCCGGAGUGGUGGUUGCAGAUACCGAAUAUCCGCAGCGGGUUUGCUUCACCUUGCUGGACAAGGUGCUGGAUGAAUUCUCCAGGCAGGUCAGCAAAAUAGACUGGCCUUCGGGCUCCCCCGCGACCAUCAGCUACGCAGCCUUGGACGGGUACCUCAGUAAAUACCAGGUAUGGCCCCCCUGGAACCCCCGUGGGGGCUGCGUGGAGGCUGGGAAACGCUGCCCGCAGCCCCCAGACCUGGACGCCAGUUUCUUCCGGCAGCACAACACCAUGGAGUCGCUGUUGGAGCGAGGGGAGAAGCUGGAUGACUUGGUCUCCAAAUCGGAGGUGCUGGGGGCCCAGUCCAAAGCCUUCUACAAAACUGCACGAAAGCAGAACUCGUGCUGCGCCAUCAUGUGACGCGGAGCCCGGGCGUUCCUGCUCCGCACCACCAGGCCGUCGCUCCCCGUCGCACCUCCACCGGGACACAAAGCGGAAGCCCAGGGCGGGGUUCCCAGACCUGGGCUGUGCUGCAGCGGCUGGGGCCGGGCGUCCUCGGCACCGCAGGCUUACGUGACUUUUUCUCAUCCCAAGGGGAUGCCGAGGCCGGUAUCGGGCUGGCACCCUGUGGGGUGGGGGGAACGCUGAGAACCUCCUGCCCUCGCUUUUCCCGAGGGUGGCUGGGGCC